UUUUUUUCGUUUUGAUACUAGCAACCUCCUCUAAUGUAGCAGGACGGGAUCUCUAGUGCAUAUACUAUCGAAGGUCACAUCAUGAUACACUAGCCUUCGAAUGAGGUUUGGUAUGGAUGCCUUUCAGUGCAUAUUACUCUGCUUCAUGUUUCCCUCACAUUGCUCAUCAAGGUAUUUUUCGAGUUUUCUCGCCGUUUUCGCAGCCAUUGGCACUCUCCUGCAGUCAGUAAUAUCACAGUAUAUAUUUGUCAAUGACGUAUUGAUUAUUUUUCUGUUAUUUGGGUUUCAGGGGUGUAACAUCUCGUGAGCCUUUGGGACAAAUAUGAGUAUUUGCGCAGUACUAUAAGGGCAUGCGUCUGUGUAUACAACGCAUUCCGAGUUUGGGCUCCUUAGGGAACGGUCUUCGACAUGGCUGAAGACUUCAGUCCCUCAGAUUGCAGCAGUAGC